UACAAACGCUGAAGCUUCUUGGGGGGGCGUGACGACAAAGGGCCUCACUGCAGGAAGAGUUAGAGUGCUGAGAAAAGGUAGGAGGGAGCAGAUCCUGGACUGUCCACUCUCCCAGAGCCCAUAUGGACUAUAUAUCUCCUCUAUGGGAGAGUAUCUGAAAACGGGCAGCUAAGUCUCUGUCAGGGUGUUGGUGGCAUGGACACUUUGGGGUGUGGGAGAGCUUCUGGCUGGGUUGAUGGGAGCAGAGGGAGGAGGUGGAGCAGGAGGAGGAGGAUGAGCAUCCGCAGCUCCUUGCACAGGGUUUGGAGGAGGUGCUAGCAGUGACAAGCUGGCAACCCAGACGCUGCCGCUGCUGCUGAACGGGCUCCUUCAGGAUCUCUCACCCCGGCAACUUUUACUCCUCCUAACAAAGCAGGAGACACCGGUGCCCUCAGCUUCAAGAACACUCCGCUUGAGGGGCUGCUUGGGGCAAAAGCACCCUCUCUCGUUGGGUUCUUCUCCAGUUCUGGGAUUGCUCCUGCUGGAGUGGAGCGUCUUACAUGUUCCUGUGAAAUUACUGAACAAAGCAUCAGUGUAGUACUGUUGAGAAGUAGAAGGAUGGCUGUGAGGUCCAGGAGACCGUGGAUGAGUGUGGUGGUGGGCUUAAUCCUAGGAUUUACAGCGGCUUCUUGGCUGAUCGCCCCUAAAGUAGCAGAGAUGAGCGACAAGAAAAGAAGGUCCAGUGUAUGCUCUUAUUACAGCCGGGGAGGAGAGAGAGCCCAGGGGCAUCCUGGAGGCAUGAGGGUACCAGAGAGGAGCGACCCUUGGCACGGGAAGGGCAUGGUGCCGAACAGCAGCCCAGCUACUGUGUUUGAGGAUGACGAUGAUGAGGUAAAGAAAAAGAAGGAGAUUAAGGGCAGCAAGAACAACACAAACAGGCACAGGAGCAAUCACAAUGGCAGCGGGGACUGGGAUCCCCCAGAAGACUCCCAAAGAAAUUUUCUCUAUGUUGGGGUGAUGACAGCCAAGAAAUACCUAGAUACCCGAGCUGUGGCUGCCUUUCGAACCUGGGCUCCUAACAUCCCUGGCAAAGUGGAAUUCUUCUCCAGCGAAGGUUCUGAAGAGGUGCUGCUACCAGAACCAAUGCCAGUAAUCUCUCUGCCCGGCGUGGAUGACACUUACCCUCCUCAGAAGAAAUCUUUCAUGAUGAUCAAGCACAUGCACGACAAAUACCUGGACAAGUACGAGUGGUUCAUGAGAGCUGACGACGAUGUGUACAUCAAAGGUGAAAAACUUGAGGCCUUUUUGAGAUCAUUGAACAGCAGCAAACCCCUUUACUUGGGACAAACUGGCCUUGGGAACAUUGAGGAACUUGGGAAAUUGGGACUUGCGCCAGGAGAGAACUUCUGCAUGGGAGGACCAGGAAUGAUCUUUAGCCGAGAAGUGUUAAAAAGAAUGGUACCACACUUUGGCGAAUGCCUUCGUGAGAUGUAUACGACACAUGAGGAUGUCGAAGUGGGUCGAUGUGUCCGGCGAUUUGGUGGAACCCAGUGUGUAUGGUCCUAUGAGAUGCAACAAUUGUUCCAUGAAAAUUAUGAACACAACAGAAAAGGAUACAUUCAAGAUCUGCACAACAGCAAAAUCCAUAAAGCUAUAACUUUGCACCCUAAUAAAAGACCAGCCUAUCAGUAUCGACUGCAUAAUUACAUACUGAGCCGCAAAAUAUCAGAAUUACGAUUUCACACCAUUCAGCUUCAUAGAGAAAGUGUUCUUAUGAGCAAGCUUAGUAACACUGAAAUAAGCAAGGAAGAUCUACAACUUGGAAUGCUGCCUUCUUUUAAUAGAUUUCAGCCACGGGGACGUAAUGAAGUCAUUGAGUGGGAGUUUCUAACUGGAAAACAUCUUUAUUCUAUGUCUGCAAAUGUUCCACCUUGUCAGAGUCUAAACAACCACCUAAAGGUGUCUUUAGAUGACACUAUAAUGCAAGUGAUGGAAAUGAUCAAUGAGAAUUCCAAGUCCAGGGGAAGGCUGAUUGAUUUUAAAGAAAUCCAGUAUGGAUAUCGCAGAGUGCACCCAAUGUAUGGAGUUGAAUAUGUAUUAGAUUUGCUGCUUUUGUAUAAAAGGCAUAAGGGUAGGAAAUUAACUGUGCCCAUUAGGCGACAUGCCUACCUUCAACAGUCUUUUAGCAAGCUUUUUUUCAAAGAAGAAGAAGAGCUGGAUGUUGAAAGUGUUUUGAAAAAUAUAAAUACAGAUUCACAAUCGUUUUCCUUCUUUUCUAACUCACUAAAAAUGUUUUCUUCACUUCAUGUUACCAAGGAAAUGAAAGACAACAAUGAAAAGAAAAUACAUAUUCUUGUCCCGCUUACGGCAAGGUAUGAUAUCUUUGUGAGAUUUAUGGAGAACUUUGAAAAUGUCUGCUUGAUCCCAAAGCAGAAUGUAAAACUAGUUGUUAUUUUAUCCAAUCCUGAUACAGGUUCAGAUUCCAACAAGCACAUGGAGCUUUUGGCCUCAUACCAAAACAAGUAUCCACAGGCUGAAAUAACGAUUAUUACCAUGUCAGGACAAUUUUCCAGGGGUCUGAGUCUUGAUAAAGGAUCUUCCCAAUUUGAUAAUGACACACUGCUGCUCUUUUGUGAUGUUGACCUGCUGUUCACAUCAGACUUCCUACAAAGGUGUAGAGAUAAUACUAUUCAGGGACAACAAGUCUACUAUCCAAUUGUGUUCAGCCAAUAUGACCAGAAAGUAACUUAUGGAGGAAAUCCCCCACCAGACAGUAACUUUGUCUUCACAAAGAAAACUGGGUUCUGGAGAGACUAUGGAUUUGGUAUCACAUGUAUAUAUAAAAGCGAUCUCUUGAAUGUAGGUGGUUUUGAUACAUCUAUCCAAGGCUGGGGAUUAGAAGAUGUUGACCUCUUUACUAAAGUAAUAGCUUCAGGUCUAAAGGCCUUUCGGAGUCAAGAAACUGGGGUAGUUCAUGUUUUUCAUCCAGUGCAAUGUGACCCAAAUUUAAAUCCUAAGCAGUACAAGAUGUGCUUAGGUUCCAAAGCUAGUACAUUUGCAUCUGCAGCUCAGUUAGCUGAAAUUUGGUUAGAAAAACAUUUAGGUGUUGGAUACAACCGAACUCACUCUUGACAUGUCAACCAAUUCUGCCUUCAAGGGGAGUUUACCUCAUGUUUUUUUUCUACCAUCGUCCAUAAACUCCUCGAUGUCUUCCAAAGCAUAUUUGUUGAUCACAUAAACAAAGAAUCUCUACUGAUGUUUUUUCUACUGAAGAUGGAGUGUUUCCAGUUCCAGUAUCUCUAUUUGGAAAACAUAUAAAAGAGGCUAAGGCACUCUUUAGGAGCACAUUUCUAAUGCCUGUCCCACAAGAAUGUUCUUUAAAGGUAGUAGGACACCAUAUUGGCAAUUCUUACAUUUGUUAAUGUGACACAAAUAUUUGCUGGAAAGGUACCACAAAAGUGCAUUAUGCUUCUCAUUAGGGAAGAGACUUGAGUUUUAUAAUUUAUAUGAAGAAUUACGUACAUAAACAAUGACUUUUUCUUCAUCAUUAGGAUUUUUAAAAUAAAUAAAAAUAACUAUAAUU